AUGUCGCUUUCUAACUCGGCCAUCCACAUUCACCCUGGCACCACAAACAUGCCGUCUUCUAUCCACAACCUCGACCCAUCAAACAGCACAAAGCCCGGAUCAUCCCUAUUAUCGCUAAACUGGCCCAAACCCCCUCGAAAUCUCCUUAUCAUCCACAAGCUAUACUCAGAUGCCGUCGUCGAGGCUGUUGUCAAAUUCUCGACCUAUCUCCAUAAUGAAUACCCAGAAGUCAACCUCGUGUUUGAGCCACGCAUCGCCCAAUCGCUAAAAGACCGUCUCGAUUUUCCUAUUUAUGCGUCCGACUCUCGAUCCAAUAUGGCAGACAAGAUUGACAUCAUUGCUACGUUCGGAGGCGAUGGUACAGUGCUACGAGCUGCAAGUCUCUACAAGCUCCAUGGCUCUGUUCCUCCAAUUCUGUCGUUCAACAUGGGGACAUUAGGCUUCCUUGGCGAAUGGGACUUCAGAGAGUACAAGAAAGCAUGGAGGGAGACGUUUAUGAGUGGUAGUGACGUCGCUACCCGUGAGGCCAACUAUCCUCGAGGUGAUUGGGACAAGAUAAGUCCAGUAUCAUACACAGCAUGGGAAAGGCAUAAGGGUAAAAGCAUGGGGGCCCAACGAGCAUCGAAGGUGUUACUCCGUCACCGCAUCAAGGCUGAUGUGUUUGAUCCGUCUGGUAACAAUAUCAAUCAUUGGUUGUCUGAUACUCUGUCAAGCGAGGCAAAGACGGGGGCGAAGGCGCUAGCGGUACCUCAUGAGCCAUCACCGUCGCUGAGAGCUAUCAACGAGAUCUCGGUGCAUCGGGGAUCUCAUCCCCAUCUAGCCAUCAUUGAUAUCUACCAGAAUGGUCACUUUCUUACAGAGACCACUGCUGAUGGUAUCUUGAUCAGCACCCCCACAGGCUCAACAGCAUACAGUCUAAGCGCAGGAGGACCAAUUGUUCAUCCGCUUGUCAAGUCGCUACUCAUUACACCCAUCAGUCCUUGCAGUCUAAGUUUCCGGUCCCUGGUUCUCCCGCUAGACACUAAAGUCACGUUGCGAAUGAGUCGCAAGAACCGCGGCCGUGAACUUGACCUCAGCAUUGACGGCAAGAGGUGUGUGGGAGUGUCGCCAGGGACAGAGAUUCGGGUAGAAGGCGAAUUUGUUGGACGAGCCGGUCCCGGGGAGGAGUGGCAUGGCGGUGUACCAUGUAUGAUCAGGACUGAGGAUGAUGAUCCUUGGGUGGGUGGCUUGACUGGCCUACUGAAGUUCAAUCAUCCUUUUGGACGAGAACCUGGUGGGGACGAGUAUGCCGAUUAG